GAGAAUCCGCGCCGCGCGUUAUUCCGCGUCGCGCUCUCCGCGUAAAACCACCUGUUGACGAUUUACAAGGGAAAAUCGAAGCGCGCGCGAACCGUCGUCGUCGCGAUUUCAUACAGUUGUCAUAUCGCUCGGACCGAAAAAUCGCGAAGAGAAUGAUUUAUUCCCGCGCGUGAAAUCGUCGCGUACGUGUGUGUGAUACGAAAAAACGAAGACAAACGAAGAUCCGUCGUUAAGAGAGUCGCGCGGAAAUGUAAAUUCAUCAGUUCGCUAUUUCUGAAACGCGCAAACUUUGACGACCGUUUGCGCUGCGCAAUUAUAAUAUCGUGAAAUUUCACAAAAGACAAAACUGCGCGUCGCACAUUGACGGGUAGACGAGUAAACAAUUGUUGCCGCCGUCGCGAUUGUUUUUCGCACUGAGCGCGUUAUCAUCGUGUCGCGAUACGUAUCGUAUCGUCGGAUCGCACGCCGAGUGUGAAAACCCCGGCGAGUUCAGAGAUCAGGAAAGAGUUAACGCGAUACGCGGUCGUGCAAGGCCACGUUGAAACAAGUGCCGGCGUUCUCUCGGUGAAAGAAGGACCGGUGAAAAACUCGAGCGUGGAAGCGAUUAAUCGAGCGCGGGAUUGAUAAGAAAAAAAAAGAAAAAAAUAAAUUUUUUUCGAAACGUGCGAACGUAAAACACAAUGUCAGCAUGUUGAUAAACGCGCGUUGAUACACCUGAUAGCUAGUCAAAUUGUUAGAUGGGCAUUACACACAUUUCGCGUACAGAAAUCGAGAACGCUGCAAGCAUGUCUCUGGAAGCGUGUGCGCUAUAACGGAAGGAUUGGCGCUGUAACAUUGUAGCGAGAGAACACAAAAGAAUUAAGUGACGGACUCUCCGGUACGGUUUUGUCACGCUUUUUUUUUUGUGCAAUUUAAGUGGCGGUUAAGCAUGUUACUCGAUAGAGAGACUAUCUAGAUAACGAUAUAAUCAGAUCGAACUUUUGACGCGAAUGUGUGGUUUUCUUGCGAAUAAUCAAGUAACGAUUGAGUUUAAUAACAAUUAUUCUCGAGAACUUGAAUUUUUUUAAUCGAGUGUUACGAGGGUCGAAAACACGAGCAUCGCAAGGACGGAGAAGAGAACGCAAGAAACUUAAAGAGAGAACAGUGAGAACGUGUGUUCGAGAAAAAAAACAGUGAGUGAAAGAAAGCAUGACACACAAGUUUUGUUGACAUCUUCCUAUCCAGCUACAAUCGCAGAACGAGAACAAUUUUUUUCAACAAGUUUCACGAGAUUAGUCUUCUGUGGUGUCGACAUAACAAGAGACGUAGAGGGGCAUGACGGACCCUACCCGGCCAGGGGCCCCGGCCCGAGUGACCUAUCUGUGAAAAGAAAUUUUUCUUCACGUCAUUCGUGCCACAAUUAGACUUCUUGGAAUGAUGCAACAGAAAUUUUUGAAGAGGACGGCCGAGGAUUUGGAGACAGCUGGUGGUGCCACUAGCGAUGGCGGCUUCGGAGAGCCGCAAGUUAAGCUGCAGUGUACGCAGCCGCCACAUCAGCAUCAGCAAGGCCCGGGCGGAGGUGGAGGACCACCGCAUCACGGCCAUGGUCAACAUCAGCCGGGAAACGGCGCAAAUUCGACAGGACCGGCACCUGGAGGCGGAAGCGGUGCCUCAGGUUCUGAUGGGAACGAAGGCCUCACUAAAUUCCAAGUGCAGAUCGUUCAGCAAUUGGAAUUUACGACAUCAGCGGCGAACAAUACACAGGGACAAGCGAUGACCACGAUAUCGAACGUGACGGUGAAGACAUUGGCAAAUGCGUCAGUGAAAAGUGAUCUCUUGAACACAUCGCCAUCACCGAAACAGUCUGGUCCGGAUACAAAUGCGUCUGCGGUAUCCAGGCCGCAGUCCGGUCCCGGGAAUGGUCCCGGUGGUCCUGGCGGUCCCGGCGGUCCUGGUAGUGGUGGCGCUGCCGGAGCAGCUGGCACUGGCGGUAUGGGCUGUGUCGACAUCGGUAACCUAGUCGAAUGCAAGCAGGAGCCCGAUAACGAAUUCGUUGAUCUGGAACAGUGCGCAGCAGCGUUGGAAAAGGACGCGGCGGCAAACGGCACUGGUUUCCCCGGGUUCCCCGAGUUUACAAUCGGCGAUGAUACCGGUGACGAGAUUAUUACGUCGGACGCGUUUAAGGAUCUCAUCUCCGAGAUAUCAGAUUUCCAUCCGGAGUUUAUGAAAGAUUUCGAUUUUGAAGACAAGAGUGUAGAUACAUUGGCGAACAACGCUGCCGCGGCAGCUGCUGCAGCUAAUAAUACAAAUAAUUCCGCCAACAACAACGGAUUGCCGACCACGAACAACGGUCAGAUCAAAAUCGAAGAUGAUAAAGACGCGAUUCAUCAACAAUCCCAAAAUCAGCAACACGCCAACGGGGCGAACAAUAGUAUUAACAACAACAGCGUUAGCGCCAAUAAUGGUAACACGAUACCGGCUAACUCGAGCCCCGGCGCACUUGGUUCUUCCCAAUACUCGCCCGCUCGACUUCCUUAUUCUGGAUUAGAUUUCAAAUCCGAGAGUCCUGCUGCUCAGACACUCAAGCAAAUGGCUGAACAGCAUCAGCACAAGAGUCAGCAAUUAGGUUUGGGUGGAUUCAAUCCCACAGCGGCCGCGGCGGCGGCCGCCGCAGCGCGAGGUCCGACAGCAAGAUCUCCGUACGCCGAAUUUCCUCAGUUCGGUGGAGCGUCUGAUUAUUUAGGUAGUCCUGGUAGCACGGGUCCAACCGGCGGACAAACCCAAGCGACGGCUGGUAAUACUGGCUCGUAUCACAAGAACAACAGUGCGCCUACCUUCCAAAAUCAACAGACAAACGACAUGUUUGUCAGUUCACAAACGCAGUUUGCUACAGCGGGUUUGGCGGACAUGAAGAGGCCACAGCCAAGUGCCACCGGUGGCAAGCCCGGUAUGCUCGGUCCCAGCGCUGGUUACAAACAGCAGUAUUCGCCAUACGGAAGCCCCGGCUCGAUGCCAAAUCACGGAAGUCCAGGAUAUCCUUUACCGCCUAGAGGAUCUCAAGGAGCCGGGCCUAAUCAAACCGGCUCGCAGGGACCUUUCAACACAACUUCCACACCGCCAAGACCUCCUUCUGGACCCGGUACGUCCACGCUGAGUAUCAAUCAAGCGCAACAACUGCACAUCGGAAACCAGAUACAAGUGUCGGCCGGACAGCACAUGCAGCUUACCGGUGACCUGAAGCCGGCGGUGUCCGUCGCGGCGCAACAGGGCAUGUACUUCAAUCAGCAGCAGUCGCAGAAUCAGACCGGGCCCGCCAAUCAGACCGACACCUACUGCUCGGUUUCGCAGUCACAGACUAUCAACUUCACUCAACAAAGCCUGCGGCAACGAGCAGCGGCGGCUGCGGCCGCCGGCGGAGUGCCGCAACCUGGUGCCGGCGGUCCCGGCACGCGCCAUCCUCAGCAGGUGCCGCCGAAUCAGGUCGAUCAGCAUCAGCACGCCAAGUUGCUUCAGCAACAACAAUUGAUGCGUGCGCAGCAGGUGAUGCAACAACAACAACACAUGACAGGCGGAAUGGCGGGCGUAAGACCGCCGCCACCUGAAUAUAAAGCUGCGGCUCAAGCGCAAAUGAUGCACGCUAGUAUUGGGAUGAGCCAGCAAGCGAGGUUUGCGAAUGCCGGACCUAUGCGCAGAGUUACGCAACAACCUAUGCCACCAUCGGGUCCAAUGAUGAGGCCGCAAAUGGCGCAACAGCAACAGCAGCAGGCGUUACAUGCGGCCGGCGGUAAUAUGUACAUGGGAGGCGGUGGAAUGGCUGCCAUCGGCGGUAUGCAUCAGAUGCACCAACGGCUAGGCUAUCCGAGAACCAACAAUCAGCGGCCGCCUAACGUCAACGUUGGUCCUCCGGACGGUCUUGGGAACAGCAUCGCGGGUCGUGGCGCUCAGCAGGAAUGGCGACACGUUCUGAUGCAGCAGCAGCAAGGCUUUCAAGCACAGAUGCGAUCGCAAUUCAACCAGCAAGGUCACCAAGGUGGCUUUGGCAUGGGUGGCACGGGCAACACAAUGCAAAUGACCGCGGCGCAGAUGCAACAUCAGCAGUUAAUCCGUUCGCAAAACGGCGGUAUAGCUGGAUCGGGGAUGGCCAACAGCACGGCGCAGAUGCAACAACUGUUGACGCAACAGCAUCAACAGCAAACACUGGCUAUGCAGCAGAACAAUAAUCAGAUGUCGUUGCAAAUGCAAAUGUCGCAGGCCACUUCUGUUAAUUCGGCCAACGUUACCGGAACCGGUUCUCCGCUGCACCCACAUCAACAGUACGGAGCGGGUAGUCCAGGAGUGCGCAGUCUACCGCCGCCGCAGCAACAUACUCAACAACAACCGCCGCCGCCGCCGCCGUCGGUCACCACUACAGAUCCGUCUGUGGCAGCCGCUGAUUUUAGUCUCGAAUUUCUGGAGAAUCUUCCUACCGGAGACACGUCGAAUUUUAGCGCUCAAGAGCUGCUUAACUCUCUCGACUCUGCGGCUGGUUUCAAUCUCGAUAUUCUGUAAUGAAUCACGCUUGUGAUCAGUUCAGAUGUCAGGAAGGUGCUGUAUACCGGUUCACUAAGAGUGAGAUUUAACUUCCUUAAAUAAACUAUGUACUUGGCGCGACGAUAUCGAAAAAAAAAAAAUUCAUUUUCGUCUAUCCGCAUAUUGAUCUGCUAGGUUGUAGAGAUGUCUAGUUUCAAACACAUGGUCAAUCACACAUGGUUAACACAGUCAAUUUUUAUAUAAGUCAAUCUCGUAUAUAUUUCAGAUGUAAGAAUCAUAUCUUUUUCUUAAUAUCAAAUGUUAUAAAUAGUAAAUCUUAAAAAAACUGAGGAAAAGGAUGUAAGUAUGGGCCGAGUUUGAUUUUUAAAACUGCAAAAUGUAAAUAUUGGAUUGAUAAUUGUCGAUAAUGAUUAGCGUGUUACAUCUGAGAACAUGAUUAAGUUUAAGAAAACUUACUUAGCAAACGAACGAACGUGAAAUCGCUUCGAGCAGUUCGGUCAAUCAACCAAAAGAAUGUUCGCACUCGUUGCGUUGCAAGUCGUUUGUUAAGUAUUUUAUUUUAGUCAUUAUAGGACCAAUUGUUGAGAGUACACAUUUUGUCAACACAUGUCAAAAUAAAAAAAAAAUUUCAGAAAAUGAAGUGAUAAUAUAGAAUAUACAUAGACAGAAAAAUUUAAACUAUGUUUCUGAUUAGUGUAGUUAAAUUAAAGCAGGUUUAGCAAUAAUGCCCUGGCCAUUUUAAAACCUAAAUCCAUAUUUACAUCCCUCCUUCCCUAAUUCUCUGUAAUUUACAAAUUUCGCGAGAGCAACAUGUAAAUAAUCUUGACUUUAAAAAAAAAAAAAAAAAAAAAAUCAAAUUAAUUCAAUCAAUGAGUAAAUUGAUGACGUGUACGCGAUAUCAUCCGCUAAAAGUACUUCAUUUUACACACUUAAUGACUGAGGAACAGUUACCCACCGGUAUGACAGCGUCUUACAACCGACCGUAGUGCAUUCUCGGUUGCCGUUUUUGCGACCGCCGACUAUUUUCUUAGGCAAUCAUCUUUUAGUAUAAUUUAAUACUAUAAUAAUAAUAAUAUAUAUAUAUUAUUAUUAUAUAUAUAUAUAUAUUAUAUAUACGCGGCAAUUAUACAUAUAUAAAUAUAUAUAUAUAUGUAUAAUCGCCGCGUUUGGCGAAAACAUUAGCUGACAGAAAUGAUAGCGUGGGACAUCAAGAGGAAAUCGUUCUAACUAUCGGUUAUUUAUUCGAUUGCGCACUUGAAUAGAAGCCGAUUCCUAUUUUUUCAAGUUUGUCUGUAACGGCUGGCUGUAAUGAGAAGGAUCGAUAAAUUUUCGAGUGCUUGCGUCGACGACAUUUAUGAUGACUUUGACGAGUACUCCACAGGACGAUUCUCCUCUCUUUUGACCUUUCACGCCAAAAUCCAAGUAGAUAAAAAUACCGGUACGAAAACCGAUUAGAAUUUAUUUGUAUAAACUUAUUCGGCUACAGAGAAAUUGGUUACCUUGCGCUGGUUUGACCCAAAUUUCUAAGAAAAAACAAGAUUGGGUAAGCUUGGCCGAGCGUUAAUACUUGAUUUCUAAGAAUAAUAAUAUAAUUAUAAACAUUAGAGAAUAUCGUAUUUAAUUACGCCGUUAAUAGUACAUUUAUAACUAACAAACACAGUCAAUUAUCAAACAUUCGAUUUUAUGAGUUCGUGACUGCGUGGUAGAAAUUUGCACACGCUAAUUUGAUUGAUUAAAGAAAAAAACUUUAUGUGUACAUGAGAGAGAAGAAGAAUAAAAAAAAAAAAAAAAAUACUAUUCAGCAGGUCACAUUGCUACUAUGUAUUUAAAAUAAAAUAAAACUUUUUCACUGUAUAUAGAUAUUGAAAAAAAUUAGAGAAAUUUAAGAGACCGCACACAGUUUAGCCGAAUAAACAUAUAAAAAUUAUACAUAUAAAAGUAAGGAACUUAUGAUAUAAAUAUAGAUAAAUAUCUAUUAUAUAUAUAAUAAAAUAUAGUGUGAUUUAACGAGCGAUGAAAGAGAGAUGGUAAAAUUAUAUGUGUGAAAAACGCGCGUGCAAGAGAAAUUUGUGCGAGACUGACAGAAAAUUUGGAACGUGAAACGAAUAGUCAGCGAUAGGGCACAUUUGCUAAUCGAAUAUAUUUAUUAAGUUUAAUUUCAAAUGUGCUAUAUUGCGCUACUUGUCAAAGUUGCACACAAAUAAUCACGGUAGAUUUCGUUUUUUGACGCGGCGAACUACUCAUAUUUAAAAAGCAAUUUACGUCUUUCUCAGAUAAAUGCGGUAUAUUGUCCUUACUUUUUUUUCAUCAAAAACGAUUAUUAAUAUAUAAUAUUUAACAUUUUCAAGAAGGUUUUGUGAUUAUUGCUUAAAUUUAAUUAACGAUGACACACAACGUAGUAGUUCGAUGCUACAAAAAAGAAAUCUGCAAAACUAUUCUUCCAAAUAGAGAUACAUUCCAUAAGUAACAAAAAGGAAUAGUGAUCUGUGGUUCAUCUAAUCAAAAGUACCAGUUUUAAAAAAAAAAGAAAAACCUACAACAGAGAAGGGAAGUAUUAAUAUUGUAGAUAUUAAUAUAGAGAAACGGGCAGUUAUUGAUUAUCCCGUGUGCAUAUAUAAUUAUAGAAAGCACAUCCUCAAUCGUUCGCCGAAAGUGUGCACGAGACUUCUGAUUGGAUUUUAUCGUUAUUUGUCGCGACUUCUCGCUGAAUAAUCUUAGCGAGUUCCGCGCUAAGUGAAUUAGGAAAUAAUAAUUUUUUAAAUUUUCAUUCGGGCGGACUAUCGUCUUGUAAAAUAUUGGGGCCAUAAAACAUAAUCUAAAAAAAAAAAAAGGGGGAAUUGAAGGAGAGACAGACGCUCUGAUUCUCACAUCAAUAUCUUUGUAAAACGAUAAAAAAAAAAAAUUGCCAAUUAUAUUAAAGUUUGUUUAUCGUUUUGUAUAUUUCACAUAGCGAGGGAAAAAAAACGGGGAGACAUACCUUGCGCAUUGUUGUAAAAAAAAAAAAAAAAAA